GCCUAGCGACGGUGUAUCUGAUCCUGGAGAGGCGCGAGCUCCUGGGGCGCAGAGGGUGCGGGGUCUCGCCUGGCAGCACCCCGGUGCCAUCCGCAUCGCAGCCAGAAGGGCAGCGGCUUCCCUGCCUGCUCCAUGGGCCGGGAAUGGGGGGAUGCUGCGGUGAUCGCUGUAGGCUUGUGGCAGGGCUGUAAACACUAGUGUGUGGAGCAGUUUCUUUGGUGACUGUGGUUACAGCCUGCCUUCGUGCUAGGGCAGCAACUCGCGGCCAUAUCGCCUUUCCCAGGUCACUGGCAGGAGAGGGAGUAGCCAGCGAAGCAUCAGUUAUUUCUUCAAGAACAACUUUAUCUGUGAUUGGUUGAGGAGGAUUGUGUGUCUGGAACAUCAAAGCCACCACAAUGAAGCACUUCCUGAGAAUGUUUGUCCAGGUGUGCCUGUACUUCUACUGUAAAUGUUUGUGGCGCUGUCUGAAAUUUGUGGUGAGGAAAUUAACGGGACGAUGUGAAUUACAAAGGAUCUGUUACAAUAUCAAGCCUGGGGCUAGCAGAACUAUGAAGAUAGAGACAUCACUGAGGGGUUCAAAAAAUAAGCUGCUGCAGACUUCAGUAAGUGUUCAUCCAGAUGCCAUUGAAAAAACUAUAGAUGACAUCAUGGAACUGAAAAAGAUUAAUCCAGAUAUAAAUCCACAGUUAGGAGUAUCUCUUCAGGCCUGUCUCCUACAGAUUGUAGGGUACAGAAAUCUGAUUGCAGAGGUUGAAAAGCUGCGCAGAGAGCCAUAUGAUUCGGAGAAUCCCCAACAUGAAGAGAUGCUUCUAAAGUUAUGGAAAUGUUUGAAGCCUGAUUGCCCAUUGGAAGCUCGGAUUUCGAAGCAGUGGUGUGAAAUUGGUUUCCAAGGAGACGAUCCUAAAACAGAUUUUAGAGGGAUGGGCCUCCUGGGAUUAUAUAACCUGUUAUAUUUUGCCGAACGGGAUGCUGCAGUAGCUCAGCAAGUUCUCUCCGAUUCCCUUCAGCCGAAAUACAGCCAAUUCAGCAAAGCUGAAUGGGAGAAGAAAAGGUUUGAUAAGGCAAUUGGCUACUCUUUUGCUAUUGUUGGCAUUAACAUAACUGACCUUGCAUACAACCUGCUUGUGAGUGGUGCGCUGAAGACCCAUUUCUACAAUGUUGCUCCAGAGGCUCCAACGUUAUCCCAUUUCCAACAGACGUUCUGCUAUUUGAUGCAUGAAUUCCAUAAAUUCUGGAUUGAAGAAGAUCCACUGGACAUAAUGGAGUUUAACCGUGUGCGAGAGAAAUUUCACAAGCGAAUUUUAAAACAGCUCCAGAAUCCAGACAUGGCUCUGUGCCCUCACUUUGCUGCCUCAGAAAGCUUAAUCAACAUGUAGUUAUUCACUUGAUUUGAUUUGAGAACACUGCCUCACUCUUCUCUUAGGUCACACUUUAGAUCAUCACUAACAUAUUGAAUGACCAUGGCGAUUGUAUGCAUGCCUUUUGGUGCAGUAUUCAUCUCUUUUUGUCAUAAACAUUAGAUCCCCUUACACUUGUCUUUCCAGGGGAUUUCUCAUUAAAUGGGUGCUCAUAUUGCGGCAUUAUGCAGUGUUACAUUCUAAAUUGAUGUCCAGGUAUCAAGAAUUUUCUAUUUUUUUAGACCUUUUUUCCCCAUAAUUCGACAUUGAAGAACUGUAUUUCUCUAGCUGUGUUUUGUAUAUGUGGAAUAAUUUAUCUGAAUCUUGUAUUGUGAAAGCCUUUUAACUUAUUGAUAUGUUUUGUGAUAACUACUGACAUUUCAAGCAAAGUACAUGUUUGGACUUCAUCUAGAAGAUAAUGUAUGUAACUUUAAUCUAAUGCAGAAAAACACAUUAAAGACCAAUUUUUUUUCCAUGCAUUCA